UACCCAACCACCCUUCUUUUAAGCUUCUUCUUCUCCAUGCAUUGUUCAUAUAUAGGAAUUAGAGGAUACACUCCAUAAAUUUUCCUUCUUAAAACAACUUCUCUUAGAUUUUCUUUCUUUUUUUGUUCCCCUCAUAGAUUUAGAAGCUUGACAGAUCAAGAUGGGUCGUGUUAAGCUGGAGAUAAAGAGAAUAGAAAACACCACCAAUCGACAAGUUACAUUUUCGAAGCGUAGAAAUGGACUCAUUAAGAAAGCCUAUGAGCUUUCCAUCCUUUGUGACAUUGACAUUGCUCUUAUCAUGUUCUCUCCCUCCGGUCGUCUCAGCCAUUUUUCCGGCAAGCGAAGGAUUGAGGAUGUAUUCACCCGCUACAUUAAUCUUCCUGACCAAGAAAGAGAGCAUGCUAUAAUUUUCCCCGAUCACAACAAACAUCCUGAUCUUCAAAACAAAGAGUACUUGCUUAGGACUCUUCAGCAACUAAGAAGUGAAAAUGAUAUUGCUCUACAACUUGCCAAUCCCACGGCUGUUAGCUCUGAAAUUGAGGAACUUCAACAGGAAAUUGGAGGACUACAGCAACAACUUCAAAUGGCCGAGGAGCAGAUAAGGAUAUAUGAGCCUGACCCAUUAAAAAUCACAUCUAUGGCGGAGUUUGAAUCCUGCGAAAAAAGCCUUAUGGACACAUUGACGCGUGUUAUGCAGAGAAAGGAAUAUUUGCUGAGUAAUCAUCUUUCUUCCUAUGAUUCAUCUGGAAUGCCCCAAGUGUUGCCAGGCUCCUUCGAGAAUGAGGUUGCAGGUUGGUUAUCUAGCGGCGGCCACAACCAAGCCCAAAUUUACGAUGCAUCUGCUCCCUUGGAUCAUCAACUUAGGAACUUGUCUUCGACACUGUAUGAUCCGUUUUCACAAGGAACAAGUUCAAAUGCAGAUCCAAGUAGCAUGGGAGAGUGUCAUGUGAGUGUCACAAAUGCCAGUGAUGGAGAGCUUCCAACAUGGCCUCAGGCUUACAGUAAUUCCUCUGGGCACCCCUCCACCCUCAUGCCCUCAGGCUUGUUGCCACAAUUUCAGCAUACAAUGGUGGGCUCGAACAUGCCAGAAAUAAUGCCACACGAGCAGGUGGAGAUCCCAGUGGGCAGCCCCAAUGUUCAAGCUUACAAUGAAGGUGCAGAGUAUCAUGAAAACAAAGUCCCUCAGCUUAAUGGACAUUAAUGUGUGAUGCCACAGCAUAUAUAUAUAUAAAACCUUAGCUUGCUGUUAUAAUUUGUAGCAAUACAUGUAAGUAGGAGAAUCAAGCAGCUCAUGAGGUGCCACUGAAACUCUUGUUAAAACAACUGACAAAUUUUUGCGUUUUAUUAUUAUUAUUAUUUUUCUUUCUGUUUUGGU